AUGAGCUCUCCCCGACGGUCAACCCUCACAAAGCCCAAACCUCAACCCGCUCUUCCGGAGGUCGUACAGGCGAAGCCAGAGCGGUUCGUCUUGAGCUCUGGGCACGAUGCGCAUGACUUGCUCAACGCCGCGGAGGCCGAGCUAAAAGAAUGCAGUGGCACGUUGUUUGAUCACUUCGAACAGAGGCACGAACCAACGCCUCUGGACAGCGAAAGCGCCCCCGACAUUCUCAACACCGAGAGCGACGACGACAACGAUUGCGCGGCCGAGCACCGCGAUCACUCGUAUCAAACGAAUCUCCAUGUGAAUGCUGUCCCGCGACAAGGCGACCGGACACGGCGGAUGAUCAUGUCGCCGCCGCGAAAGAAGCUGUCCAAGCAAAACGCCAUCGGGCCGCAGACGUACGACGAGUUGGAAGCACUGAUGAAGUCUCUCGACCAAACACUCACCGAGAAGGACAAGAUUCUCCAUCACCAGCAUACGAUUUACCAAGUCGCAAUCAACCAUCUCUGCGAAGAAAACAUCGUCAAGCAGCAAGAGGCGAUUCGAUUCACGACCAUGCAGCACGAAGUCGAGCACAUCCAGCAUCACAUCCAGAAAAACACAAUCAUGCGCGUGGACUUUGAUGAAGAAACCAUGCCACGGUCUGCCGUGUACCGCCAUGCCGUGCACAUGACGGCCGUCGCUGACCUUGGCGUCCGCAUCUACAACGUCGGCGAUCACCCGCGCGAAGCAACAGAUCGCAUUGUCGUGGCGCGGCGGCUCAGUGCGACGCCGUCGACGCCGCACAACAAGGCCAAGAACAACACGGGGCGGCGGUACGUGAACGAAGCGCAGCCGCGCCUGAUGAAGAACCAAAAGUAUAUCGAACGGGACAAGGAGUUCCUCUAA